AUGUCUGGUCUUCUACAACGUGGACCCGCUCCGCAUCUCUUAUCGAUGAAGACGCCAGUUGCGCUGCUCCAUGCUGGCUGCACCCGCGUUUAUGACCCUCCAUCCACUGAUAAUGCCCCCGUCGAUACGAUAAAGAUUAACGGCGAUGAUAACCCCCAGGCGUUAGUGCAAUGUAAUGCACCAGCUGUGCUUGCUCCACAAUUAGCACAUGACUCAGAACGUUUGGUGCUGGUGUCUCUCGAGUGCUUGAGAAAUAUCAGUGAUGUACCGACGAACUGCAACCGAUACGAUCUUUUACGAGCACUGUUACGAUUAUUCGGUCACCGUAAUCAGAAAGUGAUACGUUACACGCUCGACAUUCUCGCCAAUCUGUGCGCAAACAAUAAGGUUAAUAAGCUUUUCCAUCCACUUCACUGCUCCGUAAAAUUCAGCAUUGUUGGAGUCGUAAUGUUGCUUGAAAUCGCGGUGUCAUCGACUGCUGUUGUAUUAUGUGAGAAGAAGGCCCUGUGGUCACUAAGGAAGGCAAUGAGGUCGGCGUUCAAUCGCUUAGACCGAUUAGAGGCACAAUAUUUGAACACAAUGAGAAGAGAAGAUCAUUUGCAAAAUUUCAAAUGGAUGAACAGCAAAUUCUCUGAGAAUACGUAG